AACAAUAUUGUACGCGUAUUAACGCCUACCCGCCAGAUUUUGUUUAAUUAUUUUUAUUUUUAUUUUUUGAGCCAGACAGGCCUGUUUUGGCCUCUUCCUCUCGCAGGUUCUGGCCGAGUUUUGUUUACCAGUGAGAGGUUUAGCUGAUCGGUCGUGGUGAAUUCUCCCUGGUCCCGUGGUGAAGUUUAUUUGUUGGAGAACGUCCGGAAGCUUUCUGAAAUUCUUUGAAGAGCUUCUACGGUCUACUAACCUAGGUAUUUCAAUUUCGCCAAAAUAGGAUGGGGUAAUGACCCUUUUAGGUUUUGUUGACCAGCCGAAUAAAUACAAAUAUUGUAUUUUUUUAAGUUAUUGACAACUUCAUAAGGUAUUAAAAGCUUUGAUACCCUAAAUAUAAUUUUCGGUAAGCAAACAGAUCCAGGUCAACACCAUACAUGUGAAUACUUAAUAAGGAACAUGCUGUUUAAAUAUUAAAAGCUUGAAAUUGCAAAUGCAAUGUAUUUUUACUGCCAUCCAUCAGUAUUAUCAGUAUCUGAGACACAAGAGGAACAUGCCAUUUAUUAUACAUUUUAAUUUAUUUUGCGUUCUACUGCUAGUGGACUUUGGACAACCAGAAUAUGCAGAAUAUGUUGAUCCAGAAGAGCCCUUAGAUGAUCACCUAACACGGCCAGAUGAGGAUGUGGCAAGUAGUGAUAAUGAGAUGACCAUGUCGUAUGAUUAUCACAACGAAAACCAUGACAGUACUGACCACCCAGACCAUCAAGUAGAUAUAUCAACUGAUAAUUAUGCCGAAUCGUACGAUGAUCAUUAUACCACUGGAAUGGAUAAUUAUGAAGAAAAUCAGCAAGAUACAGAUUACGGUCAGCAUGAUCCACACGUUGAACAUGAAAUUGAAGAUCGGAUAGUGCGAUAUGCGAUGCAUAAGUGGCGCGAAGAAAUUUGAAUUGUAUGGCAAAUAAAAUAACUUAGUUUUUUA